AUGAGAUUUUCCGUUCCUCUCCUGACGUGUUUGAGUGUGGUCGUUGCUCUUCCACACUACACGCGACCUCCACCUGGUGGUGGACACUGUCUCAAAUGUCUUGAGAGAGAUACGAAAGUAGCAAGAGAAGUAGAUUUGAACCCUAUCGACGGUAUGCUAGAGAAGAAAGAUCCUCUCGAGCCUCAUUUUGAUCAUACGCCAACUAUCAAACAUGGUGGUUUACCUCCUGGACAUUACACCUUACCUGUUCAACAUCCUCCUUCAGUGCGUAAACGACAAGCUUCACCCACUCCUACUUCGGAACCAACACCGGUUCCGUACGUUCUAGCCAACCCGGCUGUCGGUUGCCCACCCAAGUUUCCUUACAACUGUACCCCCUUGUCUAUUCAACCACCUAAGGUGUUACAUUGUUACGCUCGUCCCAUCCCUUGUCCGCGUGAACUUGUGGAUGCUGUCGAUCGACACGAAGAGGGAAACGUCAAAGAGGCAAGGUCACCUCCAUUCGUCAUUAUCAAACAUCCAUCUGACGGUUGUCCACGAAAAUAUCCAUUCAGCUGUCCACCCCUUCCUGGAACAACAUUGAAAGAACUUGUUUGUUAUACCAAACCUCACUCUUGUCCACUGAUUGACGCUAUCGCUCGAGAUGAACACGAUCACCUAGAAGAGACAAGAUCACCUCCCUCCAUCGUGGUGACCGAUCCAUCCCUCGAUUGUCCACCAGGCUACCCGUUUAGCUGUCCACCUUUACCUGGUCAAACUUUGACAAGAUUGGUUUGCUUCAUCAAGCCGCACGCGUGUCCUCUGGUAGCUUCCGAAGCCGUAGCAAGAGAAGAACAUGAACAUCUCGAAGUAACAAGAACGACUCCGUCCUUCAUUAUCGUCACUGAUCCCUCACUCGGUUGUCCUCCGAAUUAUCCAUUCAGCUGUCCACCUCUACCCGGUUUGACCUUGACAGAACUACGUUGUUGGAAUCAUCCUAUCCCAUGUCCUCUCCUAGCCCCUGAAGCCGCCGCACGAGACGAGAUUGGACAUCACGAAGAAAUCAGAUCACCAUCGUACAUCUUGGUCGACCCUAAAAUUGGCUGUCCUAAGAAUUACCCAAACAGCUGUCCACCCUUACCUGGUCAAACGCUCAAGGUUCUCUAUUGUUACAACCAGCCUGUCUUCUGUCCGUUGGAGACUUCUGAAGCAGUUGCUCGGAAUGAAGAUGAGAAUCACGAAAUGCGAAGAUCCGUGGAAAUGGAAGCUCGUCAAAUAUUCCGUUGUCCUCCUUCCAAACCGUAUACCUGCCCCCCUCUCCCUGGUCUCAAUUGGACAGUCUUGCAUUGUUCGGCUCAUCCUCACCCAUGUCCGUUGUCCGAUGCAAUCGCUCGACGUGCAACAAAUGUUGUGGAAAUCAUGAGGUCCCAAGGGGAGGAAAAGCGGAUCAUACAUUGUCCUCCAACACAUCCGUAUACCUGUCCACCUUUACCUCAUCAAACCCUGGCUGUGGCUAAACGAUGUUUUGCCGAACCUAUUCCUCCGAUCGCUUGCCCACUUGAAGAACGAGACGAAGGACAUCUGAAGGAAGAAAGAUCACCCAAACCCGAACCAUCGCCAACACCGUUGCCUGAACCCGGACCGAUCAUCUACUGUCCUCCGCGUAGUUGUCCACCAUUGCCGCAUGAGACUCUUGCCGUGGACAAACAUUGUAUCUACAGGGAAGAGGACUUCGCCUGUCCAUUGGGAGGUAUCGCCAAACGUGAUGGGGAAGCGGGAUCAGGUGCAGAAUGA